CGCAUCCGGGUCACACUAACGCCGCCGUUUCCUGCAGCCUCUUGGUUCUCCUGUGUGUUUGGACCGGUCCCCAUGUCCUGCUGUGGGGCCUCUGCAGCCUUUGGAUGAAGUAAAUGAGGCUCAGAAAAGUUAAAUAACUUGUCUAAGCUCCCAACCACUCAUCAGUGCCAGAACUGGGAUUUGAACCUAAGAGUCAGACUCCAGAGUUCAUGCUUCAAGCUUGCCAAGCCUGCCUCUUACAGAGAUGAAUUAUGUUGAAAAGGAUAUUCUAUGAAUAUUUUAUGUUGAGAAAGAAUUCUAGGGCUCUAUUCAAGAAAAACAAAAACGGAAGCUCCAAAGAAAGACGUAUAUGCCCCCACCAAAAAGAGACUGUGAAGACUGCUGAGAGACACUUGCAGUGCAGUCACAUAAGGGUAGUAAAGAAAUAUUGGUCCUCAUGGAAGAAGAGCAAGAUUUACCAGAGCAACCAGUGAAAAAAGCCAAGAUGCAGGAAUCAGGAGAGCAAACUUUAAGUCAAGUAAGCAACUCCGAAGUCAAUGAUCAGAAACCCGAAACUUCAAGCCUUGCUUCAAACCUUACCAUGUCGGAGGAAAUUAUGACAUGCACCGAUUACAUCCCUCGCUCAUCCAAUGAUUAUACCUCACAAAUGUAUUCUGCAAAACCUUAUGCACAUAUCCUCUCAGUUCCUGUUUCGGAAACUGCUUACCCUGGGCAGACUCAGUAUCAGCCACUGCAGCAGUCUCAACCCUAUGCUGUCUACCCUCAGGCAACCCAAACAUAUGGACUACCUCCUUUCGGUGCAUUGUGGCCAGGUAUGAAACCUGAAAGUGGUUUAACUCAGACUCCAUCUCCAAGUCAACACAGUGUUCUUACCUGCACUACAGGGUUAACCACAAGCCAGCCAAGCCCAGCACAUUAUUCUUAUCCCAUUCAAGCUUCAAGCACAAAUACCAGCCUGAUAUCCACUUCAUCUACUAUUGCCAAUAUUCCAGCAGCAGCAGUUUCCAGCAUCUCAAACCAGGACUAUCCCACCUAUACUAUCCUUGGUCAAAGUCAGUACCAGGCUUGCUACCCCAGUUCCAGCUUUGGAGUCACAGGCCAGACUAACAGUGAUGCUGAGAGUACCACCUUAGCAGCAGCCACAUACCAGACGGAGAAGCCUAGUGUCAUGGUACCUGCUCCUGCAGCACAGAGACUUUCCUCUGGAGAUCCUUCUACAAGCCCAUCUUUGACCCAGACUACACCAAGUAAAGACGCUGAUGACCAGUCCAGGAAAAACAUGACUGGCAAGAACCGGGGCAAGAGGAAAGCUGAUGCCAGCUCUUCCCAGGACAGUGAAUUAGAACGGGUAUUUCUGUGGGACUUAGAUGAAACCAUCAUCAUCUUCCACUCCCUUCUUACUGGAUCCUAUGCCCAGAAGUAUGGAAAGGACCCAACAGUAGUGAUUGGCUCAGGUUUAACAAUGGAAGAAAUGAUUUUUGAAGUGGCUGACACGCAUCUCUUUUUCAAUGACUUAGAGGAGUGUGACCAGGUGCAUGUGGAAGAUGUGGCUUCUGAUGACAAUGGCCAAGACUUGAGCAACUACAGUUUCUCAACAGAUGGUUUCAGUGGCUCAGGAGGUAGUGGCAGCCAUGGUUCCUCUGUGGGUGUCCAGGGAGGUGUGGACUGGAUGAGGAAACUGGCUUUCCGUUACCGAAAAGUGAGAGAAAUCUAUGAUAAGCAUAAAAGCAAUGUGGCUGGGCUCCUCAGUCCCCAGAGAAAGGAAGCACUGCAGAGACUAAGAGCAGAAAUUGAAGUUUUAACAGAUUCCUGGUUAGGAACUGCAUUGAAGUCCUUACUUCUCAUCCAGUCCAGAAAGAAUUGUGUGAAUGUUCUGAUCACUACAACCCAACUGGUUCCAGCUCUGGCCAAGGUUCUCCUCUAUGGGCUAGGAGAAAUAUUUCCUAUUGAAAACAUCUACAGUGCUACCAAAAUUGGUAAGGAGAGCUGCUUCGAGAGAAUUGUGUCAAGGUUUGGAAAGAAAGUCACAUACGUAGUGAUUGGAGAUGGACGAGAUGAAGAAAUCGCAGCCAAACAGCACAACAUGCCCUUCUGGAGGAUCACAAACCACGGAGACCUGGUGUCCCUCCACCAGGCUUUGGAGCUUGAUUUUCUCUAAGAACUGGAAUGAAGAGCCUUCCCCGUGAGCUCCUUUUCACUCCUGAAAGGAGCUAGAGACCGGAACCAACUGGGAACUCUUUCUCCAUGGAAUGCUGGCGAGAACACAAUCAAAACCAACAGCUGCAAGAGAUGAAGCUUAUUUUUGCUCAGAGUGAGCUGCAGCCCCAUGUUCAUCCUCGCAUAGGAGUGGAAGACAGUUGGAUUGAGAGAACAAUAGACUCACCGCAGCUACAGUGCUUUUAAUUCUUCUGGGUUUUGUUUUGUUUUAUUUUGUUUCAAAAUAAAUGAAGAAAAAGAAAAGGAAAUUCUUGGGGCAGAGUUGCACUCUGCGUCCGUGACCAGAUUGAGAACUGCCAUUAACUUGUGGUGAUAGGAUAAAUGCAGCAGACGUUUAUAAUAACAUCUCUUGCAGUCUUUGUAAUCUCCUUAGCUGUAGAACAUAUUCCCAGUGAAUGUAUAUGUUAUUUUUAUAGAUAAGGGUCUGGUCUCUGAAGCAGGUUCCCCCCCUCUUUCUAGCAAGAAAGGGGUGUGUAAAGUUUCCUUGGAAACUCGUAACUGAAAUAUCUGAGAUACCUCUCUGUGACAGUAGCACCUCCUCAGCUGCUCCAGUGGUCUGCUCUCUAGGGUGGGUUCCUUCCUGCUCCUCCAUCUCCUGGUUGGCUGAACUGUGAGGCAUGGGACACUUAACUUUAGACUUUGCUGUUUCCCAUCCUAGAAGCCUUAGUCCCCUUUCCAGUCCCUCUCCCCUUUCACCAAAUGGCACAACCCUAGAAACUCCUCUUAGACAGUAAACUGUAAGCCUUCAGCUUGACUCUUAGUCAAAGAGUAUGUCCCAAGGGGCUUACCUCCAAACUGGAGAGAAGAACUAAGGCUUCUUAGGAAUUUCCACUUCUUUGGCUCUUGAAACAAGAAGAUUCCACCUUUUCCUCCUGCAGAGAAGCACCCUUCCCCCAACACAUGCUCACCUCUACAGCGCCCUCGCCCCUCUUAGUCAUCAGUGCUGUGCUCUUGGCCCUUUCCUGCCCUCUGUACCUCAUGUCCACCCCCAUGCAGCUCUGGCCAGUCCCCAGGCUUUGGACCCAAGUAGUCAAAUCAAGUCUGAGAAGAGGUUCAUAAUCACAUUUUGGCCAAAACUACGAAGGGAUUUGACUUUCUUUGAAUCCUUUAAGCCCUGUGAAAGGUGUUCUGGACAUAUAUUUACCCAGAUCUCAGCCUGAAACUGAAGAACAGAUUGCCAUGAUCACAACCCAGUUUUCCCAUGGAAUACCCUUCCCGCUUCUCAAAUCCCCUUCUCAAAUGGGAAACCAGAAGGCCAGAAACACUUUCCUGAUUUAAAGGAGGUUGUAGACCCCCUACUCCAUUCCUGAAACAUGCAGGAACAUCUCUCAACCUGACUUCUGGGAGGAUCGGUGGGUGCCCAGGCACUGGUCGCAGCCUUCAGUCCAGCUGUGUUUGUGGAUGCCCCAUCCCUCCAAGACUGGCCUGGGCAUCUGCUCAGGCAGAAUAAACUUCCGUAGAGCUGAGGAAGUUCGGCCUCUUCCAGGUUGCACAGAAAGGUGAUUUUAUAAGCACCUCAGAGAGGUGCAGUCUGGGUCCUUAGUAGGAGGCAUCCUUGACCAACCCCAGCUAUAAAUGCUUCUACUCAGAGAUUCUGCGUAUCCAUUUUCAGAGAUGUUGCAGCACAAAGGGGUCAGAUUCCUUCCAAAGCCAGAUCACCCAGAGAAAGGCUGGUAUACACACAUUCCCUCAGAACUGAUUGAGAAAGUGCUUCAUGACUCAGUUUUAGAGAAGAUGUUUUUGGAGAGGAGCUCAAGUCAAUGCUCAUUACUUAGCUGCCUCUUUGGCCUGUUUCCUUUGGACGGGAAAUACAAAGUCUGAGGCGGACCUUCUUGGUCUGAGUUCAGCAUAGUUGCCCAGAUGCUGCUCUGCCUUGCUUGGUAAUUUAUCUUAGAAUGCUCUAGGGUGGGUCUGUACUUCCAGGCCCCAAGCCCUCCCUGUACUGGCAGUAGAGCUGUUGGUUUCUUGCCCUGGACAUAGGCCACCCUGUUGGUGCUGUGCUUCAGGCUGCAGAGCGGUACCCACGUCGUGCACACAGGUCUGCACACACACAAUUCCCUCUCCCUGCCCGCUGGGAGAAGCUCUUUAUUCCUACAAUAUGACUUGGACUCCUUUUUCUAUGGCCUUUUCCCUCCUGCUCUGACUGCACGGCUUAGGUCUUUGCAAAAGGAACUUGAAAUUGGCUAAGAGAGGUGAAGAAGCUCUCUGAGCAGUGCCGCCUUUGCUCUUUUCUGGUUGUUUAGAGGGUGUAGACAGAAAAUGGAGCUUCCUGGCUCCUCUUCGCCAAAAUGAAUUGUUCAGGGAACCCAGUUCUCUUCUUGGACCCUGUGUUUUUCUCUUCCCCAGCACAGAGGUCUGGAGAGGAAAAUAAGUAGGCAGCACCACGAGUUCUUGGAGGCUGAGGUCGUAAGGAUGCUGUGGGUCCUUCUGUCAAGGGGGAAGCCCUCUUGACUAGAAAGAGUCCCCAUGGAAUAAGCCACAUGAUGAGUCCUUUUCCCAGCUGGGCACCGUGGGUUCUGUAAGAUGGGUCUGCACAUUUCGUGGUGAGAGCUAGGCCGUCUAGUAGGGAAUCGAGUUGUCAGCUGUUUCCUGGGUUUAAGAGGUGGCUUUACUUUCGAAUGUAAAACUGACUGUGCCUUAGCAUCACCCUGUCCGGUGCCCCUGGGGCAGCUGGUGGUGUCCAGGAGAGUGGAUGCCUGCUCCAGAUUUAGAUGCCUACUUGGGCUUUUAUUUGGUUUGGGGUAUUCCUGUCUUCUGCAAGUUGGGGGAGCAAAGCUAGUGUCCCAGGAGACUUGUGCCACAGCUUGUUCGCAGUUUACACAAACUUGUUCGCGUUAAAGCUCCAAGCAGAAUCUGAUUGGCAAAGUCCAGCUGCAGUAUAUGGAGCUUCUAGAUGUUCACUACCUUCAAUGGGUGUCAGUGCCACUGAACCGUGGGGGAGAGGGGUCGAGGGGCGGAGCCACGCUCUCCCUCUUCCUGGGAGAGCGAUGGUCUAAGCCAAGGGCUGGUGGGCUUGGGGCCUUCCUCUCCUCGCUCCUGCAGGAAGGGGGCAGUUAGGACCCCCUCUUAAGCAGGCUUCUGUUUCUUACCACUAAAUUGGCUUCCUUUUUCAUCCAUAAGUUGGAAUUCCCCAAAUACAAAUACCCUGUAGAGGCCAAAUCUGAAUUCUGAGAUUUUGAAAUAUCUUAAACCACGAGAGAAAAUCUAGUUCUGUCCCACCUCUGAUCAGCAGGCCCUCUGUCCCUUCCUCUCCUCUGAGUCAGACAGCUCUAGCAAGCAAGGUUACUUGGCUAGUUCCUAAUGCACUGAUGGGAGCCAUCCCAUUAAGGACGACUUCUACUCAAAACAUGACCCUCUGGACUUCAGAUGCCUCAUUUAGCAGGAAAAGGCACUGAUUAGAUAUAUUUAUGUGACUGCGGGCAUUUGUGGCUGUAGAGUCCUUGACCAUAAUGUUAUAUGUAAUGGGAACUAUCUUAUAAACUUGAAAAAAUAAAGUUUUUAUUUUCUAUAUGGUUUGCUCCUGUGUCUUUUCUGAGUGGGAUCAGCCCAGCUGCCCAGCUGAGUAGGCUUCUAAGUAGGGCUUCAUAAAAAAUCAGAAGAGCUAAAAAAAAAAAAAAAAAAAAAAAUCAGAAGAGCUCAUUAGAAAG